GGCAGCAGACGGCGCACAGCGCAGCCCAGCCGGCCGCCUCCCCGAGCCUCCGGGGGCGCCGGGCCCGCCACCCCGCGGCCCGCAGACAGAUCCGCAGGAACUGGCGGGCGCGCCGCUCUCCCCGCCGCCGCCGCCGCCGCCGCCGCCGCGCGCGUUCUAGACUCUAAAGGCCACGGGCACGAUGCUUCGGGUCCUGGUUGGGGCUGUCCUCCCCACCGUGCUGCUGGCUGCCCCACCACCCAUCAGCAAGCUGGCAUUGUUCCCGGACAAGAGCGCCUGGUGUGAGGCCAAGAACAUCACCCAGAUCGUGGGCCACAGCGGCUGUGAGGCCAAGUCCAUCCAGAACAGGGCGUGCCUGGGACAGUGCUUCAGCUACAGCGUUCCCAACACUUUCCCGCAGUCUACAGAGUCCCUGGUGCACUGUGACUCCUGCAUGCCAGCACAGUCCAUGUGGGAGAUUGUGACCUUGGAGUGCCCCGGCCAUGAGGAGGUGCCCAGGGUAGACAAGCUCGUGGAGAAGAUCCUGCACUGCAGUUGCCAGGCGUGCGGCAAGGAGCCUAGUCAUGAGGGGCUGAGCGUGUAUGUGCAGGGUGAGGACGCACCCGGCUCCCAGCCUGGCACCCAUGCGCACCCCCACCCCCACCCUCACCCUCACCCUGGCGGGCAGACCCCUGAGCCUGAGGAUCCCCCUGGGGCCCCACACGUGGAGGAAGAGGGGGCUGAGGACUGAGCCCCCAACUCUUCCUCCCCUCUCGUCCCCUGUGGAAUGUGGGGUCUUAACCCUCCAGGGGAAGGGUCAGGGGAGAGGCUGAAACCCCUCUUUGGCACUGGAUGGACUUGGAUUCAGACCUGGACUUGGAAUGUUUCCCAGUUGCCAUGGAGAUCUGAAGGGAGGGGUUGGAGCCAAGCUGCACAAUUUAAUAUAUUCAAGAGUGUGGGGAGGAUGCAGAGGUCCUCAGGGUUCUUUUUCGGAGGGUGGGGGUUCUCUGCCUUCCUGCCUCCUAGAGAUGUGCCUUGGGAAGGGGGGGAAGUUGGCUAAGCUGCUGAGGUGGGGGUGCAGCCAUCCAAGAUGGCGGGAGCCAGGGUAGUGCUCACGCAGCCCCCGGUGGGCAGGGCCCCCGGGUGCAAGUGGUGGAGCUGAGGAGGACACCUUGCCAGCAGCAGGCGUGAGGGAGGGGCUGGGUCCGGGGAAGGCAGAACACUGCAGAGGCCGGGAGCUGAGGUGCUCAGGCUUCCCCAGAGGCCUCCAUGCCCAGCUCAGCCUCUUCUGGGUGGCACUGCAGUGGCCCUCCCACGAUGGCACGGCCGGGAGUCAGGUCUGGGCGGGCCCCUGCUGACUCAUGGUCCAGGAGCCAGGAUUUCUCGGCUUCUGCAGCUUCCUCGGCUUCUGAGGGGAGCAAGGUGAGGAAGGGGAGACCCUCCAGACCGCCACCAAAGAGGAGCAUCGCUCCCCCUCUUUAGGAUCUUAGUGCCUCCAGCUGCACCCCUCCACCCCAAGUUCUAGGUCCCUCAGAAAGCCAAUGGAGCCAGCCUCACCGUCCUGGGGAGCUCUUUGUAAAUGUCUGGUGGUGGGGAGGCUCGUAGACCAAGUUUCCAAGGAGGGACCUGAGUGGGAUGGACUCUGGCUGAGCUUUGAGAAAGUAGGAAGAGGAGGGGCGGGUGGUAUUUGGGGGCUGCCUUCGUGUUGGGUGGAGGCGGUCCCUACUGCCCAGUUCCACCCACCACCUCCCUCCCAGCUGCACUUUAACCCUAGAGGGGGUGUGGGGGCCCAGGGCAGGGCAGGUGGGCAGUGUAGAACACCCCUCAGUACCCAGAGCUGCCUGUGUGUGCUCCUCUGUGCCCAGGGCAGCUGCCAGCCUGCCCGCUCCUGCCUGGGGGUGCCCGGCCAUCAGGGCUGUUCUGACAAGAGCUUCUGGAGCUUGUAACCAGUGGAUUGUUUCCCUGAUGGACCCUGAGUUUUCUCAUGAAUAAAUUCGUUGAAUGCC